UUUGGGCCUGGUUGUAAACAAUCCCACGAGUUGUUGUUCGGUUUACAGCCGGGUUUGGCAAGGGGCAUUUCAUUGGAAAGUUGUAACUUGUAAAGAUAUCACUCCACCAUGUUCCAUAUAGCUCGUGCACCUUUGUUUAGAUUACAUAAGUCACAGAGCAUCCGAGUGCUGCUGUCCUGCAAUGGCUUUUCCUCCGACUCGAACACUCCCGGCGAUGGUAGUGACAAACCAAAGCCACCAAAAAAGUCCACAACACGACCCGUGGCCGACGCGAGUGAAGGUGAUGGUAGCAAAAAAUCGUCCGCCGCUCUGAACCGCCUCAACGAGCUGCUCGCCAUGAUGAACACCGAAAGCGAGCUGAAGCUCGUCAAAAAGGUCGAUCUUCCCCGUCCGAAGGGCAAGAAAUCGCAGGAUAAAAAAGCAUCCUCCGACAGCGAUUCCGAUUCCGACGCGGAGGAGGAGCGCCCGAAAGAUCUCGCCCAAGCGACGCGCAAAGUGGCCAGCGCGCUCGGGGGCGACGCGAAGCGCACCGAAUCGGAACUGCUCUCGAAGCUGCUCGGUACAGCGGCACCGGCCGCCGAUGGGGAAAGCAACCUGAACGACAUCAUUACCGGCAUGGUGGUGGACAGGAAGGCACAGAAGGCGGCGCAAGCAUCUGGCGGCGACCGUGAGCCAACGCGCAGCACGCUGGUGAAGAAAUCGAUCGACUCCAAGCGGGCGAAGCAAAGGCGCACGGAAGAGGGGGGUGCUGGUGGUGAGCAGGAGCGCUUCGGCUCGAAGGAUCGGUACGAGCGCAAGCGAUCCAGCGCGAAGCAGACGGCCCACGCCGCACCGGGCGGUCCGGGCAGUGUGAAGCUGUUCGGCGAGGAACCGUUGGGCAUUUUUACCGACCAGGCCGCGCUGAAGGAAAGCCCCGACAAGCUGCGCACCUGGCAGCGGCUGAACGAGCGCGAGCUGCGGCUGGCGGUCACGCAUCCGCCCGCAAACUACUUCCAGAAGAUGGCCCUCUGGACGGAGCAGGGCAAGCUGUGGAAGUUCCCGAUCGACAACGAGCAGGGGCGGGAGGCGGAAGCGACCGUCCCGUUCACCGAACACGUGUUUCUCGAGGAGCAGCUGGAAGGGUGGUGCCCGCGCAAGGGCCCGGUCCGCCACUUUAUGGAGCUGGUGUGCGUGGGGCUGUCGAAGAACCACUACAUUACGGCGCAGGAAAAGCGCGAACACAUCGAGUGGUUCCGGGACUACUUUGAGCAGAAGAAGGAACUGCUGCAGGACCUGAUCGUGGCGGAAGCGGCCAGCAAGGCGAAGGAGGUUGAGAAAUAAUCAUUAAUUCCGGUAAAAUAGAAUACGUUCUAGAGAAA